GCAGAGUCCCGGCCGGCUCAUAAACAGUGUCCGGCUCGGUCUCUAUCUAUUCCUGCCUUACAAUACAAGUCAUACAUAUAUGGCAGUUUAUCUCUACGGGCCUUAAGCCGCCUUUGGGCCUUGGGCCCUUAACUGAACCGCCAUCUUCAAGUAUCGUCUUGGGCUUCACAUGAUGAAUCGCCAUAAGUAUAACCCGGCCCCUCUUGGGCGGGUCAUACCUAGUAGUUAUAUCCCCUACAUUAGGCCCCAGAUUGAUUUGAACUGGUUCAUGUCAAUCUUCAACACUUAAGAAAAAUCUUCUGCUCUUCAUUUGCGCGAAAGUUUAUAACCCGCCAUGAUGUCAUCUUCUAGAUCUGUGAUAACCCGCCAUGACGUCACCUGUCAUUAAUUCAUACUUUGUCCAACAUAUCUCAAUGGAUCCUUAUCUUAAUAACCGUCCUGAGAAUCGAGGCGUCUGGGCAGCUGGAUAACCAUGUUUCGGCCUCCCCGUUUUUCGUGCCCACUUAUCAGUCCUUCCUUAUAAAUAGCCACGACUGGUCUUUCCUCAUUCUCCCCCUUUCCAGCGUCUUCUUCCUCUCGCGACCUUCUGCCGCUCGAGCUCCGCCACCGCCGCAGAGCACCUCGUCCUCCUCAACCUCGGCCGCUGCAUCAACCUGUGUUGGACCAGAGUACGCCGGCGCCCCACCGCAGUUGAAUCUGCACCUAUAAGUGCUUCUUCUCCAGUGCGUUAUAUCGCAUUAGGGUUCCUGACUGUUCAUCGUGUUCUUCACGGUUUCUCCAUAGUUCCUCCACCGUAGCAUCUUUUGAUCCAAAAGCAAUAUAGAACUUAUGUGGUGGUUGUUUUUCCUCCACUUUUGAUACCAGUGGAUCCCCUUUCUCUGGAAAGAGAUCUCAUUAGAACUUAUGAACUCAUCUGUACUGGUUUUUAGGUCUAGAUUUAUUUCCUUUUUCUGAAUAUCCAUUAAUCCAAAAUAAUGAUUGCAAUCUGUGAAACUUGUUUGUGUGACACUUAGCCAAAAAUCUGCAUUUUGAUAGAUCCACCUAGCCAUGGCAGCUCAAACCACCGGCUUAAAUUGCAAUGCUCAAUAGAUAACAUCAACCACUCAUGGCGGCUUAAAUAACCUGACUGCUCACGGCGGUUUAAAUAACCUGACAUAAUUAGUCAUAUACCAUUAGGCCCCUUUAUAAGCCGCCAUUCUGAAUAUGUGCUGUAAUAUUUUUCCUCCGGCUUAAAUUUGAACCGGCAAAUUUACUCUUUGUUAGGCUUCCUUCUUCACAAUGCCGCCCAAAACAACCACUUCAUGUAACUGGGUCAAAUCCAUCGUCACGGAGAGUACACUUGACGAUUCCGGCUAUCUGCCCAAAAAGGAUGUGAUGUCGUACCGUGCUCCUGAUCCAACAGAAGAAAAGCCUUAGCCCAAAGAGGGGGAAGUCAUCGUCUUCAUAGAUCACAUGAACCGGGGCUUUUCACCACCCGGCUCAAAGUUCUUCAGAGAUGUUCUGCACUUUUUUGACCUUCGUCCUCAAGAUAUCGGACCCAACUCUGUGUCCGACAUAUGCAACUUCCAAGUGUUCUGUGAGGUAUAUCUUGAAGAAGAGCCCAGUUUGCUACUUUUCAGAGAGUUGUUUUAUUUGAACCGCCAGAAUGAAUACUCCAACGGACCUAGUUUGGAACUCGGCGGGGUCUCAAUCCAACGAUGGAGAGACGCCAUUUUCCCUUGCGCCCAUCCACCGAGUCAUCCCAAAGACUGGAACCAGACAUGGUUCUACUGUCAAGACACUUCUCCGGCUGAUGAGAACCCUCUACCCGGCCUUCGCGCCUUGCGCCUCGAUUCCAAUCAUCCUCUUCUGGACAAGUUGUCAGCUGCUGACCGCCAAAAGCUCGCUCCCACCAUGGCUAAAGUCAAAGCUCUUUUAGGGAACGACUUAAAUGGCAUUGACUUGGUCCGGUGCUGGGUCACAUGGCGGAUCAUCCCGUUGAGCCAUCGCUCCGGGUUAAUGUGCACCUACAUGGGCGAGAAGAAGGAUCCACUGCGCCACAGCCCCGACGAUUUACCUGAUGAUGUUGUCAAUGAUAUGACGAAGUCACUUUUGAAUGAAAGCCUAGCAGACUAUGGCAAGGUGGGCUUAAGCCCUUUCUGCAAAGCUAACCCGACUCCAGGGGUAAGCCGCCAAACUGAGUUAAUUUACCUUCAUCCUUGAUGUUUCGUCUUAACUCAAACCUUUGCUGAUUUCACAGGCUGAUGAUAAGUUUUGGAAGAAAAAAUAUGACCAUGAGGCUGCAAAGAGAGCCAGGAAGGCCAAGAAAGCCGCCAGGAAAGCCGCCGCCAAGAAAAGAGGAAAGAAGCCCAACGCCUCUGACUUGCUUUGACUAGAAGAUACCUCUGAGUCGGAGGAUGACAUGGGAACGAGUCAGGGAGUGGAUGAAGAGAUUCAUGAGAGCCGGAGGCAGACCCGGACCAGCAAGGACGCGGAACUCUCCUCCGGCUUACCGAACACACCAAGGAAGCGCCAGAAAAAGGAAACUUCACAUUCUUCCGGCGACUCAAUCCAGUCCAACAUGCCGGCUUUUAAGACCGCUCCAGGUGGAAAAGUAAAACCCAGCAAGAGGGUGAAGAAAAACCAGCCGGUCGAAGAGCCGGCCGUCAAUGAGCCGGAGCUCCAACCCGCAGCGCCUGAGGCCUCUGUUCUUGAGCUGCCACUUGAGUCGGUUCAUGACAUGCCAACAAUGACUGCUGACCCGCCUGUCGAUCAAGCGGCCGACGGCUCUGUAAACCCUGAAGCUUCAAGCCCAGCUAAGACAGCCGACCCACAAGAUGUUGAUGUGGAAAUCACCAAGACCGGCUAUACUGAGCCAGGGAGACCUACUCUGCAAGCCAAGUGUUCUGCCAAGGAGGAGCACAUUGAACGACGUAAAGUCAGAUUUGAUGUUGCUGACUAUACUCAAAUGAGCAUUGGCGAAGUUUUUUCUGGUUAUCUUAGCCAAGUGCACAGUAGCCGCGAUCUUGAAGUUGACAUGGUGAAACAAAUGCACCAGAAAUUUGAGACCACCACUGCUCAACUUCAAUCAGAGCUGCCUGAAUUGAAGAACCGCUUGGAGCUACAAGAGACAGAGACUCAGAGAGCAAACUCCAAAUUUGAAUUCAGCGUGUCUGAACAAGAAAAAUUGAGGUCCAAGUUUGAAGUUGAGAAAAAGGCCUGGGCUGGAGAAAAGAUUGCCUUGACCCGUCGAGCUGAAAAAGCAGAGGCGGCUCUUGAAGAGGUGACCACUGAAUUAUCCGGCUUGAAACGCCAUGUGUCUUAGAUGGUCUCGGAGAUCUUUGGCCCCAGGAAACCUCAACCAGGACAUGCUGGUAAAGCUGAAGGCGGUUUACACUCUCGUAGAACAACUUUACACUGGAGCUCAGCGUGCCUUAGCCACAGUUGCCCUAUCAAAUGAAGCCCCCACACUCCUGGUUGGUGUGUUAAGGAAGCUUUCUGUGCUGCCCUAGCGGUUCAAUGAAUUAAAGCGGUCAUCUGCGAGAGCCGGAGCCGUGGCUGCCUUAAGCCGGGCCAAAGCAUGGCUACCGGAAUUAGAUCUGGCCGACAUCGCCAUUGGGUAUCCAAGCCAUAAGGAAGAUGGCACUUCAUUUGAACAGGAGGACUUUGCCGCUUGUGUGAAGGAAAUACGCCCUGUGGCCACCUUGAUUGCCGAUGAGACAGACCUCACCAAGUACCAUCCGGUUUAUGACGCGGGCAAUCAGAGGAGCAGACGCCACGUUGUAAAGUGACAAGCCUGAUCCUCCAAUCCAUAAGCAUACUUUUGCCCCUGAAGUUGACCCGGCCGGGCUAAUUGAUGAUGAAGCUGAGUUUGAAGCUUUGAAUGGCAUUGACUGGUCAUCAUCAACCUUCCAGGACGCCGGACAGGGCAAAGACGCGGAGUGGGUUGACCCGGAAGCAUCAGGCCAACAAGAGAAUUGAUCUGCCGGGCGGCUCAUAUUAGCAGCCUUCUGAAAAAACAGUUUAAUCAUUUGGACUCGGGGAGUCAUGCAACAGGAUAGAAAUGACUCUGAUCUGUCAUGCCAUCAUGCACGUUUUUGAUGCUCAAUACUGUUAAGCCCCCUCCUUUAUAUUCACCCUUGUCAUACUUAUCAUCUAUUUUCCUUGUGCACAAAAAAGUCCUUAAAAUAUCCUGCACACAAAAAUAGAUCACAAGAACCCUUGGAGGUUUACCGCAGGGCGGGUCAUAAUAUCUCACAUAUAACCACUGAUGUGUAAAAAAGGAGUCACAGAUAAGCCUGUUA